UUUGUGGGACUGGACUGUAACUUUGCCCUGUAAUUUCAGGUGAGGUUAUGGAUUACUCAAGCAAGACUACAGGUCCAUAUCCAGAGACUCGGCAGAUUUCUGGCCUCGGGCUCAGUACACCACAGUAUUCCCAAGCAAGAAUGGUGUCCACUGUGGGUUCCCAGUUUGGCAUUGGAAGUGUUUUAAGAACAUCCAAUGGUGUUGUUUAUUCUUCAGUAGCAACUCCAAUCCCAUCCACAUUUGCCAUCACCACACAACCUGGUUCUAUUUUCAGUACAAGUGUCAGAGAUCUACCUACUCUCCAAACAAUUGACUCAGUGCCCUCUUUAUCAACUUUGCAACAGACUCAACCACUCCCAAGAUCAUAUAGUUUCUUGACAACUGUGGCAGCUGAAAAAGAUAAAGCAGUUACUGCCAUUGGUGUGGAGACGGGGUUGCCACCUCAUUCAAUAGAGACUGUUACCACUGAGCCAACCAGCUUGAUACCUGCUUUAACUACAGCCUCUGAAGUUUAUACAGAUGUAAUUGAUGAUGAGGUUGCCCUGCUUGUUGCCCCUGAAGAAGGCAAACAGCAGCAGCUUGAUUUGGAACGGGAACUUCUUGAGCUUGAGAAAAUUAAGCAGCAGCGCUUUGCAGAAGAGCUGGAAUGGGAACGUCAAGAAAUUCAAAGAUUUAGAGAACAAGAAAAGUUUAUGGUUCAAAAAAAGCUUGAGGAGUUGCAAUCCAUGAAACAUCACCUCUUAUUUCAGCAGGAGGAGGAACGACAAGCUCAGUUUAUGAUGAGACAAGAGACAUUAGCCCAGCAGCAGCUGCAGCUUGAACAAUUCCAACAACUUCAACAGCAGCUGCACCAGCAGUUAGAGGAGCAAAAACUUCGUCAAAUAUAUCAGUAUGGUUAUGACCCUUCAGGAACUGGAUCACCACAAACUACCACAGAUCAAACACUUCUGGAAGGACAGUAUGCAAGCACAGAAAAUGGCCAGUUUUGGCCUACUGAUGACACAACCACUACAGCUUCAGGAGUGCUGGGUAUUGAAAUUCCACAAAGUCAAGCAUGGUAUACAGUUCAGUCUGAUGGCAUUACCCAAUACAUACCCAGGUCUGGUAUCCUAAGCUCAGUUUCAGAAAUGUCUCUUAAGGAUAUUGAUGUUAGAGAGGAGAAGCAAUUGAAAAAGAGAAGCUCUAUGCCAAAAUUACGUGGUCCCUAUGAGGAGUUUGAGGAGACCCUGGAAGAAGAGCCCCGGUGUUUCAAAAAAAUAGUGGACAGUGGAGUGCAAACUGAUGAUGAAGAUGGAGCAGAAAGAGGUUACACCAACAGGAGACGGAGAUCUAAGAAAAGUGUUGAUACAAGUGUUCAGACUGACGAUGAAGAUCAAGAUGAAUGGGAUCUUUCCAGCAGAUCCAGAAGGAAGCCUCGUGUAGGGAAAUACAGUGAGAGCACCACUGAGGCAGACAAAGCCAAACCAUUCUCCAAGGUAUCUAGUAUUGCAGUUCAGACAGUGGCAGAGAUUUCUGUGCAAACAGAACCUGUAGGAACAAUAAGAACACCUUCAAUCAGGGCCCGAUGGGAUGCUAAGGUUGAAAUCAUAAAGCACAUUUCCGCUCCAGAAAAGACAUACAAAGGAGAAAGUCUGGGAUGUCAAACAGAGACAGCAUCAGACACUCAAAGUCCCCAGUAUCUGUCAGCUUCAUCUCCUCAGAAAGAUAAAAAACGUCCAACACCAUUAGAGAUAGGAUACACAUCCCACCUUCGCCCAGACUCCACAUUACAGGUAGUCCCUUCCCCUCCCAAAUCUCCCAAAGUUCUCUAUUCACCCAUUUCACCUGUUUCACCAAGCAAAGUUAUAGAGUCAGCAUUUGUACCUUAUGAAAAACCCAUGACUGAUGACAUCAGCCCUCAGAAGAUGCUGCAUGCUGACAUGGCCAAGGUUCCUCCAUCAAGCCCAAAGACAGCAAAGAUGAUGCAACGCUCUAUGUCUGAUCCUAAGCCCCUGAGUCCCACAGCAGAAGACAGUUCCAGAGCUCAGUUUCAGUACACUGAGGGUUUUAUGUCAAAAGGUUCUUCAGGCAUGACUCCAUCCAGCACUCAAAAGAAGGUGAAGAGGACUCUGCCCAAUCCACCUCCAGAGGAAGCAACAGCAGGAACUCAGUCCCCAUAUACUUCUGUGGGAUCAGUUUCACGGAGAAGGAUUUGUAGGACCACCACUAUGGCCAGAGCCAAAAUUCUUCAGGAUAUAGACAGGGAAUUGGAUCUGGUCGAGCGUGAGUCAGCCAAGCUUAGGAAGAAGCAAGCAGAGCUAGAUGAGGAGGAAAAAGAAAUAGAUGCCAAGUUGAGAUACUUGGAAAUGGGCAUUAAUAGGAGGAAAGAAGCCCUGCUAAAAGAAAGAGAAAAGAGAGAGCGUGCCUAUCUCCAAGGAGUAGCCGAAGAACGUGAUUAUAUGUCAGACAGUGAAGUUAAUAAUACCAGGUCAACCAGAAUAGAAACUCAGCAUGGCUUGGAAAGACCACGUACUGCACCCCAGACAGAAUUUAACCAGUUUAUGCCACCACAAACCCAGCCAGAAACACAGUUUGCCCCUGCUACAAGCCCAUAUGCUCAAUAUCAGUAUUCAUCUCCUGCCCUGCCAACUCAAGCACCAACUCAGUUCACACAGCAGUCACAUUACCAACAACAGCAGCCUUUGUAUCACCAGCAGGUUUCACCCUAUCAGACCCAGACAGCAUUCCAAACAGGAGCUACUAUGUCCUUUACCCCACAGGCUCAACCUCCACCAUCUCAACAGCCAUCAUAUCAACUCCCAUCACAGAUGAUGGUGAUACAGCCAAAGCCAAGACAGACCACAUUGUACAUGGAGCCUAAGAUAACAACAAACUAUGAUGUAAUUCGCAAUCAGCCUCUCAUGAUAGCACCAGUUUCGACUGACAAUAGUUAUGCAGUUUCCCAGCUGGGCAGUAAAUACUCUACCUUGGACUUAAGGAUAGGACUAGAUGAGAGAAACAGCAUAGCAAGCAGCCCUAUAUCAAGCAUAUCUGCAGAUUCAUUCUAUGCAGAUAUAGACCACCACCAUACACCCCGAAAUUAUGUGCUGAUUGAUGAUAUAGGAGAACUUACUAAAGGAACAGGAGCUCUUGGUUCCAGUUUUAGCCUCCACGAGAAAGAUCUGACCAAAACAGAUCGACUUCUUCUCACAACUGAGGCCAGGAGAGCACAAGAAGUGUCAGACUUCCUGGCACCACUGCAGACUUCCUCUAGGUUACAUUCCUAUGUUAAAGCUGAUGAAGACCCAAUGGAGGAUCCUUAUGAGCUCAAACUUCUGAAACACCAGAUAAAGCAAGAGUUCCGUAGAGGUGCAGAAAGUCUUGAUCAUCUGGCUGGUCUAUCACAGUAUUACCAUGGAGAGGGCAGCUACAGGCAUUUUCCAAAAUCUGAGAAAUACAGCAUAGGUAGGCUUACUCUUGAGAAACAGGCUGCUAAGCAGCUCCCAGCAGCCCUCCUUUACCAGAAGCAGUCAAAACACAAGAAAGCCUUGAUAGACCCCAAACUAACAAAGUUUUCACCUAUCCAAGAAAGCAGAGACCUUGAGCCUGACUAUUCAAGCUAUAUGACUUCUAGCACUUCAACACUUGGGGGAAUUACUACUAGGGCAAGGCUUCUUCAGGAUGAUAUCACUUAUGGCCUUAGAAAAAACAUCAGUGACCAACAGAAGUACAUGGGGCCGCCACUGACGUCAUCCAUUGGAGCAGGCCUUGGGACUGCACUAGGUCCAACAAUGAGAUCUGCACUACAAGAUGAAGCAGACAAGUCUUAUAGCAGUGGUAGUAGAUCUAGGCCCUCAUCUAGACCCUCCUCAGUGUAUGGGCUCGAUCUGUCAUUGAAAAGGGAUUCUUCCAGUUCUUCUUUAAGACUGAAAGCCCAAGAAGCUGAACCUUUAGAUGUUUCCUUUAGCCAUGCAGCACCUUCUGGAAGAACUAAACCCACCAGUCUACCUAUUAGCCAAAGCAGGGGAAGGAUCCCAAUAGUAGCACAGAACUCAGAGGAGGAGAGCCCACUAAGUCCUGUUGGACAGCCAAUGGGAAUGGCAAGAGCAGCCGCUGGACCCUUGCCACCAAUAUCUGCAGAUACCAGGGACCAGUUUGGAUCGAGCCAUUCAUUACCUGAGGUCCAGCAGCAUAUGAGGGAGGAGUCACGGACUCGAGGCUAUGAUCGAGAUAUAGCCUUCAUCAUGGAUGACUUCCAGCAUGCCAUGUCAGACAGUGAAGCCUAUCAUCUCCGUCGGGAGGAAACAGAUUGGUUUGACAAGCCCAGAGAGCCUCGUCUGGAGAAUGGACACAUCCUUGACAGAAGGCUGCCAGAGAAGUUGUCACACUCUCGACCACUAAGUCAACACCAAGAUCAAAUAAAUGGGAAGCCCCUGCAGUACAUUUUCCCUCAUACAAGGCUCAAACUACUGAGAGACCCAAAGGACCACACAGUUUCAGGCAAUGGACUGGGAAUCCGAAUUGUAGGUGGGAAAGAAAUUCCAGGAAGCAGUGGAGAAAUUGGAGCUUACAUUGCCAAGAUCUUGCCUGGAGGCAAUGCAGAGCAGACAGGGAAGCUUGUAGAAGGAAUGCAGGUGCUGGAAUGGAAUGGCAUCCCCUUGACCGGGAAAACUUAUGAAGAGGUCCAGAGCAUUAUUAUUCAGCAGAGUGGGGAAGCAGAAAUAUGUGUAAGACUGGACCUGAACAUGCUCUCGGACUCUGAGAAUCCCCAGCACCUGGAGCUGCACGAGCCAGUAAGGGCAGUAGAUAAAGCGAAGUCCCCAGGGGUUGAUCCCAAGCAGCUGGCUGCAGAGCUCCAAAAGGUUUCUCUACAGCAGUCACCUCUGGUUGCUACUUCAGGCGUGGAAAAGGGAUCUCAUGUCCACUCUGGAACCACUUCUGCCACCUCUAGUGCUGUUCCCAGCCCUGGUCAGCCUGGUUCUCCCUCGGUGAGCAAAAAGCGGCACAGCAGCAAGCCCACGGAAACUACAAAGUCUGCUUCCCAUCCAAUCACUGGAGAAAUACAGCUUCAAAUCAGCUAUGACAAACACCUUGGCAACCUUAUCAUCCACAUCCUUCAGGCAAGAAACCUUGCUCCCAGAGACAACAAUGGCUAUUCAGACCCCUUUGUUAAAGUUUAUCUUCUUCCAGGGAGAGGACAAGUCAUGGUUGUCCAAAAUGCCAGUGCUGAGUACAAGCGGAGAACCAAGUACAUACAGAAAAGCUUGAAUCCUGAGUGGAAUCAGACAGUCAUUUAUAAGAAUAUCUCCGUGGAGCAGCUGAAAAAGAAAACACUUGAAGUGACUGUGUGGGAUUAUGAUAGAUUUUCCUCAAAUGACUUCCUCGGUGAAGUUUUGAUUGAGUUAUCCAGCAUCUCUCAGCUUGACAACACUCCUCGGUGGUAUCCUCUUAAAGAACAGAGUGAAAACAUAGAUCAUGGGAAAUCUCAUUCUGAAAAGAGUAGCCAGCAAUCUCCAAAACCAUCUGUCAUCAAGAGCAGAAGUCAUGGAAUCUUCCCGGACCCCUCCAAGGACAUGCAGGUGCCCACCAUUGAGAAAUCCCACAGCAGCCCAGGGAGCUCCAAGUCUUCUUCUGAAGGCCAUCUCCGCUCUCACGGUCCCUCUCGCAGCCAAAGCAAAACCAGCGUCACUCAAACCCACCUUGAAGACGCUGGGGCAGCCAUCGCCGCUGCCGAAGCAGCUGUGCAGCAGCUCCGCCUUCAACCAAGUAAAAGACGCAAAUAAAUUCCUCAGCAUGGCAGCUUAAUGUUCAUCUGUUGCCUUUUUCCCUGCUGUCCUUCCCUUUUCGGCUAUUUUCUUUUUUUUUUUUCUGUUCUUGGCACACUGUGCUCACUCUGUUCAAUG